AUGAGCCUCGCCUUGAACAAAUACCACUAUGCGGAUACCCCGGUGCACACCCAUCCUGCCUGUGCUUACUGUCUGAGGGCGAGUCGGGUCAUGGGCCUAGAUGACUCCAUACACCUCCAACGCUGCGGCAGGUGUCAAGUUCUUCAGUACUGCUCAAGGACUUGCCAGAUUCAGGCGUGGAAGGAUCAUAAAGAGGACUGCAAGCGAUGGCAGUAUAUUCGCAACGAGGCGUUCCGUUUGACUGGCGAUCCGAACGCGUGGCUUAACUUCGUUCGGUGGCACGAGCAUCACCGUGAUAACAUAACGAAUGCAGCUCUUGCAUGCUGCAUUGCGGAAGGACCCGGCUCCGAGAAAGAACAUGUCUAUACUGUGGCUCUCGUAUACAAGUCGGACUCGAGUACGCCACUUGAGCAGAAGUUCUACUCGGUGGGCGGGAGCUUCGCCGACGAAGAUGCGUGUGUCAAGGGUACACCCUUCGUCCCUCGUCUUGCGACGCUGAAAUACAUAUUGGACACGCGCGAGGCGGCGGCACGCAGAUUGCAAGUUCGUGAGGGCACACAGCGAACCGUACGGAUGGGGGUGUACCUUCUCGUCUUGCAUUUCGAUCGUGCAGCCGGGCCCAGUGAUCUCCAGUUUCAGAGCAGUUUCCCGAUUACGGAGACACAGAUCCACGCGAAACUCAACGACUACAUGCACCCCUCGGACAUUCUGCAUGAGCGACUGAAGAAAGGGUGGAAAUACAGGUUCUGCUGCGGGAAAGAUUCUGAGAUGUCUGUAUGUUGUUGCGGAGGAAAUGCACACGAGCCUGAAGAGGAGCUCUUCCCUCUAGACUCUCUCGAUGAUCAAGAUAAGAAGACGCUCGAAGAAUGGGGGUAUCUGAAGCCAGCCUCAAUACGCGGAGAAGGCGAGGGUCUCGCGAAGUUGCAAGACACGCCUAAGGCCAAGAAAUUGCGUAAGAAGAAGCGGAAAGUCGAGUCAAAUACAGAGCAUGGGAUCGGGUAUCCGGACCGGACGUCGCCACAGGCCUUAUCUCCUACCUCUGACGUUUCGCUCGUCACCACCACAGACCCCCGCGCCGAUCAGCCCGCUGUGGAAGACCAGGAUCAUCAGCUCACUGCCGCGGCGACAGGAGAUAGCCGUGCUAUUGCCGACAAUGCGAUUCACAAAGCAGAAGAUGUUCGAUACAAUGAACAAGUCGACCUUCUUCAGGAACUCUUCCCGCAAAGGUCAUACGAGGAUCUGCAUAGCGUGCUCAUGGAGACAACAGGAGAUAUUGAACACGCUGCGCUGCGCCUCGGCGAAGACACGGUCGACCAGUGGACUGCUAUUCAGUCAAAAAAAGCGAGACGGAAAGAGAGGCGACGCUCACGCGCGACACCGAUGAUGCACACGAAGUCGGGCGCUGUUGACGAGAGAUCAACGAGUGUACUACCGCGAAACAUGAGAAAUAAGACACCAGUAUCCUAUCAAACGACCCUCGUUCCCACGAAUUUGGAAAAGCCCGUCGGUCUUGGGGAUACGCCCUAUGAACCCGAUCCGACUUCGUCGACGAGCGCAAUGCCAACGAAGACCCCGAUGACGCCGCAGGCAAAGCUUGGACUUACUCUGCCAGUGCAACAGUCCAAACCCAUAGAUGCACCUGCGGCAGUAGUCGAGCAAACGUUGGUACCAGCUCAUCACGCUCUGGAGAAGCCAGAGAGCAGACCUUCCCCGAGCGCUGCCCAAAAGCACUCCAUACUCUUCAAGAAUCAAGCCGUCGUGGUCCCCGAAGGCCUCAGGGCGCCCGCUAGACUCGAGCGAACUGAGAUAUCGUUUGGCAGCCUUUCCUCAGUUUACACUAGCCAGGAUUCUUCGCAAGCUGCGCCUGAUAGCUUGCAAGCCACGACAGCUGGAUCCCGUUUGGCAACUCCUCCGGUAUCUCCAGAGCACGCGGAACCUGUGCUUUCGACAGCUCACUCGGAUCUAGACUCGAGACUCUCGCGACCGCGCUCUCAACUGCGAGUCACACACUCCGACGAAUCCGUGCCACCUCACAGUUUUCCGCCGCCGCAAUAUAAGGUCCCCCGACAACAGCACCAUAGCGCGGGCCCUUUGCACCCUCCAUUUGCUCCUGUGGUGUCCUCUCCAUCUAGUCUCGCCAUACCUGGGGCCGACGGUUCAUUCUUCUACCUCAAUCCGCUAGGAUACGGUCCGCGAGGAGACACUAUGAACCCUCACCCGUACAACAACCCUUAUGAGGCGCACUUCACCCCACACGGCACGAUGCCGAACAUGGUGCCAACCUACCCAAUUCAUCCUGCACCGGCUCAGCCAGCGUACUAUGUCCAACCGCCCGCCAUGCCUCCGCCGCCCUCACGGCCACCGCCUAUGGUUGACUUCCAUUCUGCGCGAGCGCUCAAGGACGCGACACGCGAGCUUAGAGAUGCUACCCAAGCUCUCAGAUGGAUUACCCAGGAUUAUCAUCGUGUGAGUGCGAUGCUCGAUACACAGGUAAUGCCGCCGGGUAGUCCAGUCAGCGUCAGCGACCAGGUUGAGGUGGCGCGGUCAGAUAGCGCGGAGCUACAAGGCAUUCAAUCGCCGGACUCUACUUCUGCGGAACCACGUGGACGUCAACGUCGGGCUUCUGCGUCAGAUGUCAAGGAUAAGAUGCCGAGGAUGAGGGAGAGAGCGCAUUCGUUGGCAUAG